GUGAUGGGGGUCCUGUGCCUCACAUCCGUGUUAAGACUUCGUCUGUGUCUGUAUAUCCCGUGGGCGGUUCUACAACGUCUACCUGUUGUGGGUGUGGUUACAGCCACCUUCUGUGGACGUGUGUUUGGAUUGGGUUGAGCUGCAUUCUGCGGGCGUGGCUUAGAACUGGUAGAGUUGGUGUGUGGCAGUGGUGGAGCUCAAGAUGAACCUGCUGUGUGUGUCCCUGCUGGUGAUAGUGGCAGUGAUGACUGGUGCCCUUGGCUGCCCUAGCGACUUCCUGGGGAUUAGCAGUUCGUGUGUGAAGGUGGUGAUCGCUGCCGGUAUUGGUGAGAGACCAGUGUCAUGGAAGGUGGCCAGGGAGGGAUGCAAGACACUCGGGACAGACCUGGCAGUCAUGAACGUAUCCAGCAAGGUUGAACAUCUCUCUGCACACAUUGACGAGGUGUUUCCUAAGUCUUCGUACUCGUUUUGGGUUGGAGGUCACAAGAUCAACGGUCAGUGGAAGUGGGUCACCGAUCAGACUAUCAACCUCAAGUCUAACCUGUGGGUGCCCAACAGUCCGAAGAAGGAUCACAGAAUUACCUUCGCUUUGCUAGUUCCGGACUCGGUACAUAGACGAUGGUACCUCAAUGAAAAUGGUGACUGGGCGUCUGGCUACAUCUGUGAGAUCUUCUGAGAGUGAGA